AUGAUUUUAGUACAUUAUUAUUAGUUAAAUAUCUUUAAUAUAGUAUUAAUAUUUAUUGGUAACAAGUAGCUGGUUGAUAAAUAAUUGUUAGUAAAAUCUUAUACAGACAAAUUUCAGGAUGUUUAUGAAUCUGAUUAGAAUGUAUAGCAAUAACAUUCAACUUUAGAAAUUGAGUAAAGGAUCCAAUGCAUUAGAAUUAAAAAAGUUAGUCAAGGUUAUUCCCAACAAAUUAAUUUUAGAUCUAACUAAUGCAAAAUUAAUAAUGAGUUUAGAUUCAGUGUAGGAUCAUCCUAAUUUAAAUAAAUUGAUUAAAGUUUUGAAGAUACAAAAACGUUUAUAUUAUUAUGGAGUAGAUAUGUAUCAUUUAUUAUUGUUAAGUCUUUGUAUUGGAGGAAACUUGCUUAACAAGUAGGUUGAGAAAGAUAAAUUCAGGGAAAAGAUGCAGAAUAAAUAUUUUUAUAAAUCAUUAUAGCCAUUCAUAACUGCCAUGCUCAGGAGAUAUAUUAUUGAGACAUUAAACUAGAACAUUUUUUAUUCCUAGAUAAAACCCAAUUACACAAUAAAAUUGA